UGUAUAAAAACUGCAACACAGCACACCUCUCUCUCUCUAUCACUCCCCCACUCCUCUUGCCCUCCAGAUCACACUCUUCUUUGCUUCUCUCUCUUCACAUUUCUCUCUACGAGCACCACACCUUUCUUUCUUCCCUUAUUUCUAUAAUAAAUAAGAGGAAUUCCUGUAUUUGCUGUCUUUGAAGAUCAGAGGGUGGUAAAGAAGAAGAAGAAGAAAAGGGAGUGUUGUAUGUCAGUAAAUUGUAAAGAGAUUUAUCUUUGUGGGAUUGGUGAGCUUGUGAAUCCUUUGCAAUGGCCUCAACUUCGAAAAAGACGACGCCUUCUCCUCCUUGUUGUGACUCUACUACUCCCGCUCCUCCUCCCAUUCGCCGUGACGCCACCUCCUCCUCCUCUUUGGUUCCGCAAGAUUGGACGGUUCCCUCCGCUGAUCGCCGCCCCGUUGUCGAUUCUCUUCCAGAACCUUCCAAAACAGCCUCCGGUACUAAAACUGUUAUCCCAGUCAUGUUAAGGGCUCAGACCAGCCAUCCUUUGGAUCCUUUGUCUGCUGCCGAAAUCUCUGUUGCAGUGGCAACUGUUAGGGCUGCUGGAGCCACUCCUGAGCUUAGAGAUAGCAUGCGUUUCGUUGAGGUGGUUCUGUUUGAACCGGAUAAGCAUGUUGUUGCACUGGCAGAUGCAUAUUUCUUUCCUCCUUUCCAACCAUCAUUGCUUCCCAGAUCAAAAGGUGGACCUAUAAUUCCUACAAAGUUGCCUCCAAGAAGGGCUAGACUUGUUGUUUACAACAAACGGUCAAAUGAGACAAGCUUAUGGAUUGUGGAGCUCUCUGAAGUACAUGCAGCGACUCGAGGUGGACAUCAUAGGGGAAAAGUGAUUUCAUCUCAAGUUGUUCCAGAUGUUCAGCCUCCAAUGGAUGCUGUUGAAUAUGCUGAAUGUGAAGCUGUUGUCAAAGACUUUCCUCCAUUUAGAGAGGCAAUGAAAAAAAGAGGUAUUGAAGACAUGGACCUUCUGAUGGUUGAUGCCUGGUGUGUUGGUUACCACAGUGAUGCUGAUGCUCCAAGCAGAAGACUUGCCAAACCACUUAUAUUUUGUAGAACUGAGAGUGACUGUCCAAUGGAAAAUGGUUAUGCACGUCCAGUUGAGGGCAUCCAUGUACUUGUUGAUAUGCAAAACAUGAGGGUCAUUGAAUUUGAAGACCGUAAACUUGUUCCCUUACCUCCAGCUGAUCCAUUGAGGAACUAUACUCCUGGUGAAACAAGAGGUGGUGUUGAUCGAAGUGAUGUGAAACCUUUACAAAUUAUCCAGCCUGAAGGUCCAAGCUUUCGUGCUAAUGGACACUAUGUAGAAUGGCAGAAGUGGAAUUUUCGCAUUGGAUUCACUCCUAGGGAGGGCUUGGUUAUACAUUCAGUUGCCUAUGUUGAUGGUAGUAGAGGGAGACGACCUAUAGCCCACAGGUUAAGCUUUGUAGAGAUGGUAGUUCCUUAUGGAGAUCCAAAUGAGCCACAUUACCGAAAGAAUGCAUUUGAUGCAGGGGAAGAUGGCCUUGGUAAAAAUGCACAUUCCCUAAAAAAGGGCUGUGAUUGUUUGGGCUUUAUUAAAUACUUUGAUGCACACUUUACAAACUUCACUGGAGGUAUUGAAACAAUUGAAAAUUGUGUAUGUUUGCAUGAAGAGGAUCAUGGAAUUCUAUGGAAGCAUCAGGAUUGGAGGACAGGUUUAGCAGAAGUGCGAAGGUCUAGGCGGCUGACGGUGUCCUUUAUUUGCACUGUUGCUAAUUAUGAAUAUGGAUUUUUCUGGCACUUCUAUCAGGAUGGAAAAAUCGAAGCUGAAGUUAAGCUUACGGGAAUCCUUAGCUUAGGAGCAUUACAACCUGGGGAGACUCGAAAAUAUGGUACUACCAUUGCCCCAGGUCUUUAUGCACCAGUUCAUCAGCACUUUUUUGUUGCUCGUAUGGACAUGGCUGUUGAUUGCAGACCAGGUGAAGCUUUCAAUCAGGUUGUGGAGGUAAAUGUUGAAGUUGAGAAACCUGGGGAGAAAAAUGUCCACAAUAAUGCAUUUUAUGCCAAAGAGACGCUGCUCCGAUCAGAAUUGGAAGCAAUGCGUGCUUGCAAUCCACAAACAGCUCGCCAUUGGAUUGUUAGAAACACUAGAACAGUAAACAGAACUGGACAAUUAACAGGCUACAAGCUAGUACCUGGUUCCAAUUGUUUGCCAUUGGCUGGUUCAGAGGCUAAGUUUUUGAGGCGAGCUGCAUUUUUAAAUCACAAUCUUUGGGUUACACCUUAUACACAUGGUGAGAUGUUUCCUGGAGGAGAGUUCCCUAAUCAAAAUCCACGUGUUGAUGAAGGACUGGCUACAUGGGUUAAGCAGAAUCGACCUUUAGAAGAAACUGAUAUAGUUCUUUGGUAUGUGUUUGGGAUCACACAUGUUCCUCGGUUGGAAGAUUGGCCGGUCAUGCCAGUGGAGCGCUUAGGCUUUAUGCUUAUGCCUCAUGGGUUUUUCAACUGCUCUCCUGCUGUGGAUGUUCCUCCCAGCACAUGCGAAUUGGAUGCCAAAGACAAUGAUGUUAAAGACAAUGGUGUAACGAAGCCACUUCAAAAUGGGGUGCUAGCCAAGCUCUAAGCCAGUUACAAACUACUGUAGUCUCCACCAAUCAUCAAAAGCACAGAACCUCUGAAUUUGAUGUGUUUCGGGGAAGGAACUGCAUGCAGCAAGUGCUAACCAACAUGCUAGAUCAAAGUUAUUGUUUCUUGUACAACAUAAACAUCUGGAUUGGGCUCUUGUGCUUUGAUUUGACAUUUUGUUGAUCGUUGAUGUGUUGUGGAUUUGAAUGCUUGAUUAGUCUAUCGAUGUAUAAAAAAAACCUUGUUUUUUGUUUUCGCUAGUAGCAGUUGUUUCUCUGUAACCAUUACUAGUGUUGAUACUACGGCAAGUUGUGUUGAAAAUCAA